AUGAACCGCACAACUGUGGUGGAAUUUGUCCUCCUGGGACUGGCUAGCAGCCGCCAUUUGGAGAUCACCAUCUUUCUGUUUCUUGCCAUUGCCUAUUUCUUGAUCCUGCUUGGAAACAUUUCUGUCAUCAGCAUCACUCUUAUGAAUAACUUCCUUCAGACCCCAAUGUACUACUUCCUCAGGAAUUUUGCCCUUUUGGAAAUCACUUUCACCUCCACAUUCCUCCCCAGCACCCUGUACAGCCUCCUGACAGAGAGGAAGACAAUUUCCCUGCUUGGUUGUUUCCUUCAGAUGCUGUUUUUCUACUGCUUGGGUACCUGCACGCUUUUCCACAUGGCAGUGAUGUCCUUGGACCGUUAUGUUGCCAUUUGCCACCCUUUGCAUUACACAGCUAUCAUGAGCAGCAGAUUUUGCCUGCAGCUGAUCCUGAGCUGCUGGGCAGUGAGUUUUCUCUUGAUGUUUCCUCCCACCAUUAUGACCGUGCAGUUGCCAUUCUGUGGUCCCAAUGUCAUGAACCACUUUUACUGUGACACUUCCCUGUUGUUGCAAUUGUCCUGUACAGACACAAGCUUCAUCGAGCAGCUGAUGUUUAUCAUACUCAUUAUCAUCCUCCCUGGUACUCUGAUAGUAACUGCUGUUUCUUAUGGCUGCAUUAUCCUCACCAUCUUGCAUAUACCAUCAUCUGCAGGUACAUCCGCCCUGCACAGCGAGGAACAGGCAAGUCAAGCAAGCUUUAAAGGAGGGAAUUCUGAAGUUUUCUGGCUCCCUGAGACAGAUGUGAAUGGUGGAGUAGCCCAUCCAAGUAUCUGAAUGGUUUCCCAAGUGCAACAUCUGUAUUGUGAAUUAAAGAUGCUCAUUUCAAAUGGUU